GAUCUAGUGACUCUUGUUUUCACAAGUGGAUCCACUGGUAUUCCAAAAGGAAUCAUGAUGAGUGAUAGAGCUUUGAGAAAGGAAGUACUCAGUUUAAGGAUAAAAGAUCCUAAAGUUCGUUUCUCUUUUUGUCCACUCGCUCACAUGAGUGAUAGAAAAUACACCCUAUUGGCCAUGUGUAAUGGAGCCAGAGUUGGAAUAUUUACUAGAGAAUUUGUUCACAUCUUUGAGGAUAUUCAAAACUGCAAACCAGUUGUAAUUGCAUCCACUCCAAGAUUAUUCAAUGUGCUGUACGAUGAGUUUAAGAAAGUAGUCGAAUUGGAAAGAAUUCGUUGGCUUUCUUCCACUGAAACUGGGAAACCAAAAACUGAGAAGGAACUUGAGGAAAGAACCAUGCUUGACUUUCAAUACAUGCUUGGUGGGCGUGUUCAAUCAAUUAUUCUUGGAGGGGCUUCUUCUAGCCCACAAUUAAGAGAAUUUUUGGCAAAAUGUUUCCAGUGUAAAGUAACAGAUGGUUUUGGAAUGUCUGAAGCUGGAGGAAUUAUGAAUAACAAUCGACUCAACACUAAUGUCGAAUACAAGUUGAUUGAUGUUCCUGAAUUGAGCUAUUUCACAACAGACAAACCUUAUCCGAGAGGAGAACUUUGUGUCAAGACAAAUUACAUGUUUAUUGGAUAUUAUAAGAAUGAAGAGCUCACUAAUAAUGCACUGGAUGAAAAUGGAUGGUUACACACCAACGAUAUUGUUGAAGAAUUAGGACCAAAUCAAAUCAGAAUUAUUGACAGACUGAAGAAUAUUUUCAAAUUGAGUCAGGGUGAAUUCAUAGCACCUGCCAAGAUUGAAGAUGCUCUCACUACCUCUAAAUUUAUUUUCCAAGCUUUUAUUUAUGGCAAUGUGACAAAGAGCUACUUGGUUGGUGUCAUUGUUCCCAACAAAACAGUUUUAAAACAGUUUGCAAUUAAGGAAGGAAUUAUCAAACCAUCAGCCGAUCACCAUCUCCUAAAUGAAGAAGAGAAAGAAGUAUUGGCAAAUAAUGAGCUGAUCAAGAAAGCUCUAUGUGAAGAGAUUGAGAAAGUUGCUGUAAAUUGUUCACUUUUGUCUUACGAAGUUCCAAAAGAUUUUAUCAUUGAAUUUGAACCUUUUAGUGAGAAAAAUGAUUUACUAACCUCCUCUAUGAAGGUUAAGAGAUUUGGAUGUGAAAUGAAAUAUAAGGAACAAUUGGAGACACUCUAUGAGCAUGUAGAUAGAAAU